AUGAGAUUAUUAAUCGUGAUAGUUGGCUGGUUCCUUAUUGGAAUAAUUGCUCUUGAUGUUAGCUCUAGUUCAACAGUCACUUAUACAAACACUAACCUUUACUAUCAAAAUGUUCUCGUUGAAUCUAGUGCAAUUUUAUCCCUUAUCAACACAGCUGCGUUUUAUAUUCCAUCAUUUUCAAUUCAGAGCUUGGGACAAUUUUUUCUCAAGAACUUCUUUUCAAGUUCUAUGCAAGUCAUAAAUAUGGAUAAUAAAGGUUAUGUUUUAUUUGAUUUCCUGGCCUUUUCUUCCAUGGGUUCUCCUUUUACUUUUACUACUAGUGCUAAAAAUAGUGGUGAGUUUAUAGUCUAUGGAGUAUCUUUGAAUGUAGUAAUGACUGGAGUAGAAAAUACUGGAUCAAUGACAUUUUGGGGAACUGGAGGACAGGUUAACCUUAAUAACCCUACCAAUACUGGUAAUAUAUGUUUCCAUAGUGUACAAGGAACGAUGCAGAAUCCGAAUGGUGCAGGUUGUUAUGCUCUUUAUCAAUCAUAUGUUUAUGCUAACGCGGUACGUUCUGAUUUUGAACCAUAUGUUGUAUUUGAAGGUAUCAACAAUGCGUUCAUUGUUCAAUAUGGUAACUCGGCAUUACACUAUACUUUAGCUAACUUUGGUUUAUCAAAUUUUGUGAUUAUCCCUAUUCAAGAAUACGCCGGAUAUACUUAUAAUCCUAGUGGAGUUCUUACUAUUUAUCUGGGUCCUAAUCUGAUCACAUUAAAUAUCGGUACUGGGUAUAACCCAAAUAGAUUCCGUUUUUCUCUUGGUGCCCUGUAUAUCUAUUUUCAAUAUCUUGAUCCUGCUCCGCCUGAAGCAAAUCAGGGAGGUUGUUCUUGUGUAUUAAAUACCAAUCCACCUCCUCCUCCAGUUGUAUCAACUAUUCAAUCUUCCUCAAGUGAGGUACAAGAAACUAGUAGUAGUGAAGAAGUUCUCACUACAAAUUCCCCAGAAGAGUCGUCUGCUAUUGAAAUUACGACUGCUGAAGAGACUAUGCCAAUUGAUGGUACUUCUAGUGGAGAUGUAUUCACUACUAAUCCUCCUGAGGUGACUUCCCUGGUAGUUAUUACUCCUGAAGAAACUAGUCCGGCUCAAAGUACCUCGAUUGAAUUAGAAUCAACUGUGAUUGAAUAUUCUACAAGUGAAGAAGAAACUACCUCCAGCAAUUUAGAGCAAACUUCUUCUUCAAGUGAAUUAUUAGAAACUUCUUCUUCAAGUGAAAUAUUAGAAACUACUUCAGUUGAGUCAACAGAAAUUGCAAGUAGUUCUGAUGACCAAGCAAGUUCUACUGAGAUUGAAAUUACCUCGAGCCAUACGGAAUUCUCCUUACUGUUUGAAAUUACAUCGAGUGUAAUAGAAUCAUCUCCUGAAUAUUUUAGCACCUCAGAUGGACAAGUCGAGUCCACUCCUAGUACCACUCAGAUGGAAAUAACCACUAGUAUGAACGAAUAUACAGAGUUUUCAUCCACAUCAAUUGAAAUAGAGGAGUCUUCUCUGAGUCAAGCAACUACUACCGAGAAAGAAGCCACAUCUAUUGAGCCAACUGAAAUAGUUACUUCUAUAUCUGAAGUUGAGGAAUGA